UUCAUCCACCUUAAGGGCCGUACACACCGGGACGAAUAUCGGCGCGCGUUAUUCGCCAGCGUUUUCCAACACGUUUUUUGUGUUCACACCCAAGCGAUUUUCGCUGACGAUGAGCCGAGUGAACAUGCAAAUUCAUUCCCUGACAUUAGAUGGCGCUUAAUGUAAAACAGAAAUACCCCUGUACACAAGGUGGCGCUGCGCAACUUUACGCUUCUUAAACUCGCUUUUCACUCAGAAGAAGAGUGCAAGUAUUUACGCGCUUGUCAGAAUCAUACAAAGAAAACAUGAAUAUUUCAAGCACCAGUAACUCUAGCUCCAGUUCCAGCGAUGAAGAAAUUAUUGUUCUGUUGAAUGAGGAAAGACGCCGGAAAAGACGCCGAUUUUGGGUACAUCCCAUAGUUACGAGAAGAGAAGAACAUGGGGAGUUUUAUCGACUGGUACAAGAGCUGAAAAUGUAUCAUGAGCGUUUUCGGGGGUAUUUUAGAAUGUCCGUCAGUGAGUUCGAAAAUUUACUUCAACAACUGGCUCCCUUGCUGACGAAAGAACAGACACACUACCGUAAACCAAUCGACCCAGAACAGCGUUUGGCCGUGUGUUUACGUUUUCUAAGCACUGGGGACUCGUACCGCUCUAUUGCGUUCAGCUUUCGACUUGGUGUGUCAACUGUGGCUUCGAUAGUGAGUGAAACCUGUGAUGCAUUGUGGCACUGCCUCAGAGAUGAACAUUUGCCAGUGCCUACUGAAGAGAUGUGGAGGAGUACAGCCAGGAGAUUCCAUGAAAGAUGGAAUUUCCCUAACUGCUUGGGAGCCAUGGAUGGGAAACACAUAUUCAUCCAGGCCCCUGCAAACUCUGGUUCUCUAUACUUUAAUUAUAAAGGUACAUUCUCCGUUGUAUUGCUGGCCUUAGUUGAUGCAGAUUACCGCUUCCUGGUGGUUGAUGUGGGGAGCUAUGGCAGCAACAGUGAUGGAGGAAUCUUUGCCAAUUCUGUACUGGGAAAGGCACUCAGAAAUGGAACUCUGAAUGUUCCCCCACCAAGUGAACUUCCAGGUGCUCCUGAGCUGGGAAAAGUUAACCAUGUCAUUGUGGCGGAUGAAGCUUUUCCGCUGAAACCAUAUCUCCUCCGGCCAUACCCUGGACGCCGCCUCCCCACAGACAAGAGAAUUUUCAAUUAUCGUUUGUCUCGGGCACGGCGCAUCUCUGAAAAUGUAUUUGGCAUCCUCAGUCAACGCUUCCGGGUUUUCCAAAGAACUUUACAGGUUCAACCAAGUGUUGUUGACAAAGUUGUCAAAGCUGCUUGUGCGUUGUGCAAUUAUUUGCGCCCGAACGGAAAUGACCAGAAUCGUGCCACAGAGGAUGACCAUGAUUGUGAGCAACCACUACAAGGCUUUGAACAUUGUAGGGGGCAGCGGGCAUCUGUGGAGGCCCAAAAUGUCCGAGAACUGUACAAAGAGUACUUCAACUCACCAGCAGGAGAAGUUGCUUGGCAGUAUGACCAUGUGAACCAUGCUCUGGGGAACAGAUAAUAUCAACCUAUAAAUUUGAGCCAUUUUAAUUACAUUUUCCAUUGAGAAAACUGCUAGUGUAUGUGUAUAUAUACAAUUUCUGUGAACUUGAAUACACUAUCAAAUCUAUUGCAUCUGAUUCUUCAUUAAUUAAUAUGGCAGCACUCACCACAGCAAAUUAAAUAUUUUUGAUAUAACAUGUUCUAUCAAAGUUAAAGCAUAGUUUUUUUUUGCAAAAAGUAAAGUAUUUGGUCACUUCAACAUAUACUUAUUUACAACUAAAUGUAAGUUGUAUUUUUGAAAAUGUGUAUUUUUAAUAAACAUUUUUACUAGCA